AUGGCUUUAACUUCACCCCCCCGCGGCGUGAAGCCCGGUGACCAUCUCUUGGUCGUCCAUGAUUUCGAUGCCCGUGGCCCCGACGAACUGACCCUGCGACGCGGCGAGAAAAUCGAAUUGGUCGAGAUGGAUGAUGGAUUCGGGGACGGGUGGUAUCUCGGAAAGGAUACCAGCUCCGGUGCCUCGGGUCUCUUUCCAGGAGUGUACACAACCGCCGCCCCCAAGAUCCCCGUUCGGCAACGGACGGAGUCUGAAGCCGAUACCUCCCACACGAACGCGCAAUCAACCUCCGAAGGCAAGUCCUUGUCGUCCGAGACAACGGCGGUCGUCCCAAAGAGCGGUGAAUCCACCCCUCACGCCUCGCGUCAUGCGAGUCUGUCCGAUAUGCGCGCUCCCGACCUGGAUGCGGCCUCGUUUGCGCCCAAGCCGCCGCAACGCGCCAGCUCCUCCCCCCUUCCGACGGCCAAAAUGGCGGUCGACGUUCAACGCUCCCUGCGCCAGAGCAUCGACGGCCAGCUGGCCGGCCCUGGCCAGGAGAGUCCCGUUAUGAACGAGACUCUGAGCGUCAUCGACGAACACAUCACCGACCUCAGCACCCCCCGUCACAGCAUGGCCCCCCAUCAGGAGCACAGCAACAAUAACAACAGCAGCAAGGUCGCCAACGACUCCGCCAGCGAGUACAGCUCCCACCUGGAGAACCGCAUGUCCUACAUCAACGGCCACGAGACCGAUGAGGAGGAAGAGAACCACCUUACCGAGGACGAGGUCCGCCAGUGGGAUCCCGCCGAGACCGCCCGCUAUCUGCGCCAGCUGGGCCUCGAAGCCCGUCACUGUGAGAUCUUCGAGGAGCAGGAGAUCACCGGCGACGUGCUGCUCGACAUGGACCAGGACUUCCUCUUUAUGAAGGAGUUCGACUUUGGCGUCAUGGGCCGCCGCCUCAAGACCUGGCACCGGAUCAAGGCCUUCCAGGAGGAGGUCAAGGGCCUGAUAUCGUCCCAACGCCAGUCCUCGCGGGGUUCCACCUCCGGCUUCGCCACCCCGGUGGACGACCGCAGCCUCAGCCGCGCCGGCCACACCAGCUACGUCCUCCCGCGGAUCCCCCACGUCCGCGGCUCGACCGGCUCGCACCGCCUGAGCGGCUCCCUGCCCACCAGCUUCGGCGCUCCCGGCUCCGGCCCGGGGCCCCUGGACCAUGCCCGUCGACCCUCCGCCGCGUCGAUCCGGGAUGUCAACCACUCGCGACGCCACUCGUCGAUCGACACUACAAACCGGUACUCCACCGCCGCCGACGGGUCUCCGCCUCUACGUCAUCACCAGAGCGGUUCCUUUGAUCGCAGCUGGACCCUGAACGGAGGGGGGAGCCAGCGGGCGCAGCCACCCCCGCGCCCGGGCACGUCCCUGGGAGCGGCCCCCGUCACGGCGUCCCCCGACGCCAUCACCCCCCCGCACGCCAUCCGCGAAUCCGGAUCGAACGGAUCCGACUCGGCCAUCGUUGUGACGGACGAUCUCGACCGGGGCUACUUCUCCGGCCCCGAGGCGGACACCCGUCGGGUCAAGCGCCUGCAGAAGCGGACCUCGAUGGGCGGGAGCAUGACCUCGCGGCUGUCGAGCGGCACGGAUGAGCUGCCGUACCGGCUCCGCCCCGGCUCCCGCCGGCGACACUCGCGCAUCGGCAGCGCCGACUCCAUCCGGGACGCCGUGCCACCGCCGCCGGCGGCCGGUGCCUCGGCCCGCUCGUCGUACGCUGCGCCCGCACCGGCGGUGCCCAAGGGUCGGUUCCGGAGCCUGAGCACGCGCAUCACCGACCGGCACGCUCACCCGUCUGCCACCGCCCGCAGCAGCGAGGAGAAGGCCUCGAGCCCCGGAAUCCUCGCCGCGCUGUCCCCGUUCACCGGCAAGGCGGACCGGUCCGAGAAGCCGGACCGGGACACGCGGGCGAUGUCCCUGAAUCCCGUCAAAAACGCAGGGCCCAAGUUCCGCCGGGCGAUGGGAUUCCGCACCUCAUCCGACGUCGCCCCCAAGCGGUUGGACACCACGGUGGGCCCCGCGUCGCCCGCCCGCGACGCUGACCCCGCGUCGGCCCGCACCGGCUCCACGACGCCGUCGACCUCGAAGAGCUCGGAGCGCCACAGCACCGACGGGUCGGCGAAGAACGCGGACGGCAGCCUGUCGCUCCCGCGCAGCCGGACGACCGCGGCCAAGAACGGCGCCGGCACCAAGUCGAAGAAGGACACCAGCGCCUACACGCGCGGCCUGGAGAAGAAGUCGCCCCAGGAGCAGAUGCGGGGCUGCGACUACGCGGGCUGGAUGAAGAAGCGGUCUUCGAACCUGAUGACCACGUGGAAGCCCCGUCUCUUCGUGCUGCGGGGCCGACGGCUCUCCUACUACUACUCGGAGCAGGACACGGAGGAGCGCGGCCUCAUCGACAUCACCGCCCACCGCGUGCUCCGGGCGGACCACGACCCGAUCGUCGCCCUGCACGCCACGCUCACGGGCGCCACCGCGUCGCCGACCUCGCCGCCGACGGAGAAGGUGCCGCUGUCCGAGUCGACGCUGCGGGCCCCGAAGCAGGCCAACGAGGGGCCCUUCUUCUUCAAGCUGGUGCCGCCCAAGACCGGCCACUCGCGCACGGUGCAGUUCACCAAGCCGGCCAUCCACUACUUCCAGGUGGACAACGUCAAGGAGGGGCGUCUGUGGAUGGCCGCGCUGAUGAAGGCGACCAUCGAGCGGGAUCUGCAGAGUCCGGUGGAGUCGUCCAACAAGCAACGGACCAUCAGUCUUAAAGAGGCGCGACUGAUGAACCAACGGCCCCCAUCCCUGAUGGCCGCGCCGCCCACACCGGAGGAGCCGGAGACGCAGGAGCAACCACUACCAACCCCGCCGUCGGACGCCACGGGCCUACGCACCCAGGGUCUCCGCGCUGACGGCACGACGCCUCCGGCAGCCGAUACGGACGAGCCGGCGACAGCAGUCGAUGAAGACAAGCCGGCGUCGAACCAACUAGGCCAGCUGGACACGGGACCGACCUCGUUACUCCCGGAUCCCUCCCUACUCCCCAUCCCCCCAAACAACCAAUCCACAUUAUAUAAUUAUAAUAACAACCCCGCCACCGCCAAUGCCACCCCCAUGUCUCUCCUGCUCCUCCUCCGCCGAAUCCUCUCGCGCGUGCUAUGCGUGCUCCUCCCAUUGGCCCUAACAAGCAGUCUAUACCUCUACCUCUACCCCGUCUUCCAAGGUUGCGCAUUCCCUCUUCCAACCCCGAACGAACAGCCCUCCAAUCCCCGACUCUCCUUCCAACACACCCUCCACCAACACCUCGCACCGCAUUCCGCCUCCGACCCCGCCCUCGUCAGAGUCCUCGUGCUAGCAGACCCACAACUCGAAGGCGACAGCUCGCUCCCCAAGCCUGAACAUGAGCUCCCUGCGAGACUGCGCUAUCAUUGGCAGUCGGUGAGCGACUCCGUCCAGCGCGCCCUGCCUUCUCCCCGGCACGACGACGACAACGACACCCGCACCGCCCUCUCCUCCAUCCGCACGACUAUCUCCUCCGCCGUGCGCGCCCUCGCCGAAGACGACUUCCCCCGCGCCCUGCGCGCCGCGCGCAAACGCCUCGACCUCCUCGGGAACGACUACUACCUCGCGCAUAUAUACCGCACGCUCCACUGGUGGAGCCGUCCUACGCACGUCACUGUCCUCGGCGAUCUCAUCGGCAGUCAAUGGGUUACGGAUGAGGAGUUUGAUCGUCGCGGAGGUAGAUACUGGGAUCGUGUGUUUCGGGGGGGUCAGCGCGUUCCUGAUGAGUUGACCGUCACGGGGGCGGAAGACUACACGGGGGGUCACGACGGGGAGCCAUCAUCUGCCCUAGAAGAACUCCAGCGCACAGACUCGCCCUGGGCGCAGCGCAUCGUCAAUAUCGUGGGGAACCACGACGUCGGGUACGCAGGGGACGCCAGCGAGUCGCGACUGGAGCGAUUCGAGCGGGUAUUCGGGCGCGCGAACUACGAUAUUCGAUUCCGUGCGCCGCCUGUCCAUAUCAACGAUGGCAAUGAUACCAGCACAAUCACACCAACCCUCCACCUCAUCAACCUCAACACCCUCACACUAGACACGCCCGCCAUUUCACCAACCGUCCAGUCACACACCUACACCUACCUCAACGACGUCAUCUUCAAACGAAGCUACCCCGUCGAAGACCGCUCCACGUUCACCCUGCUCCUGACACAUCUACCGCUGCACAAGCAAGACGGCGUCUGCACGGACGGGCCGUACUUUUCGUUCUUCGAUAAAGAUGAUAAGAAUGGGCCCGAUGGCGUGCCGCGUUUUCAUGAAGGGGGUUUGAAAGAGCAGAACCAUCUUAGUGAGCAUCUUAGUGCGACGGGUGUCUUGCAGGGGAUUUUUGGAAUGAGUGGUGAUGCGUCUGCCCCCGCUGCUGGACGGGGUAGGAAUGGGCUUGUUCUUACGGGUCAUGAUCACACUGGGUGUGAUGUUUUGCAUUUUGUGAAUAGGUCUGCGCCUGUAUCUUCUACGCCUGACGACGCAGAGGCCGAGGCCGAUACUUCCAAAGAAGAAGAACAACCACAACAACAAGAACCACAAUGGACCUGGUCCGCCAAACGCUUCAACCAGCACCAGCCGCAGCUACAGCCCCAACACCAGCCCGAAAAAGAAAUGGAAGAGGCGAACCCCUCCAUCAGAGAAGUAACCCUCCGCUCAAUGAUGGGCGAAUACGGCGGCAACGCGGCGCUCCUCUCGCUGUGGUUCGACGCCGACCCGGCUGUCUUGGAGUGGAGGUACGAGAUUACGAUGUGUGCUGCGGGCGUGCAGCAUCUUUGGUGGGCUGUGCAUGUCGUUGGUUUUGUUACGUUGAUUGUGGGGGGUGUUUAUGGUCUUCUUCUGCUGGGUUCGCUGGGGUCAGCUACUGCUGGGACUGAGGUUGAACCUAAGGUCCAGGUUAAGGCUGGGGAUGUGGCUAAGGUGUCCGGGGAUAAAGUUAAUGUUGGUUGCAGCUCUCCUGGGGAGAAGGGGAGAGAGAAGGAGAAGCAGGUUGUGGAGAAGGAGGGGGAUACUUGA